CGUCCAUCGAUCUGGCUUCUAAGGAAUCUAUCUCUAUUUAGACCACAUGCGACCCAGAACCGACUCCUCGACUAAAGUAAGAACUGCACAAUUCCACUUGAUCUGGUAGUUACUCUAAGCUCAGGCAUUUUCUAACCUGAUUACACAUCAACGCUCGUCAUGUCCAAAUUCAUGCACAAGGUUAAAGACGCCUUCACCGGCAUGCAUCACAGUCACAAAUCAAGUGACUCUCAAUCUGAGCCUCAGUCCGAGAAUUAUGGCUCUGGAGCCUACGACCCCUCUGGUACUGGACACGAUGCUGCUCAUACUGGCAGCAGCGGUGCGAAACCUAGUGCUGACCCCUACACCUCUGGAACCUAUGGCUCCGGAGAGAACACGGCGGCCUAUGAAGCACACACUGGUGGCUAUGACUCAAAGCCCUUGGGCAGCCACGGAUCACGACCUGAGUAUGGAUAUGGAGCAGGGAGCACCACCGCUCACGGUGAAUAUGGCUCAGCGAUGACUGACUCGGGAAUGCACACUGGCCCUGAGCGAUUCGGGUCAAGUGAUACCGGUGGGAUGCAUCAGGUCGAGCCCGGUAGCUAUAAUCGUGGGUCAAGUCAAUAUGAGGCUCCAGAUACCGCUGGACCCUUUUCAUCUUCUGCUACGGAAGGCCGCACUCAACCAAGCUUCGGCGGCGGGGGUGCAGAAGGAGGUAGUAGCUAUAACACUCGCGGCGCGGGCGAGCCGACCGCGGCUGCUGAUGACUUCAACUCGGGAGGUAAGCUCGAUUCAGGCCGGUUGGGUGCCAACAUGAUGGGAUCCAAUAUGAUGGCAUCGGACAACCUACGCUCUGCUGGUGGGGCACAGCGAUUUUAUCGGUAGGAAUUCGCUCAUGAUGAGCGUAUCGUGUUUCCUCGGUUUUCUAUGCUUCUAACGCGCUGACUGCACAAUGGGAGUGUCAAGUUCAGAUAGUACCUUAUUGUUGUCACCACUAUCUUAUAUCUCAGUUAAUGCUUC